AUGAUAAAGGUGGUACCCACUAGUGGUUGUUCCGUGGGCGCUGGGGCAUUUUCGUGGGGAGGGUGUGGUUUUCGUGGACAGGGUGCAGUUUUCGUGGGUGUUAGGGUGUUUUUGUGGGUGCUGGGGAGUUUCCGGGGGUGGUGGCAGCUGCAAACCAGGGAGUGGGGGGCAAGGAGGUUGGCCACAUCGACGGGGCACCUGAAUAGUGAGCAGUGGGGGUGGAGAGGCCUGCUACUCACUUGGGUGGCUCAAAACAACCUGACGGUGACGACUGGUACGUCGUCACCGUCAGACGACGCGUAUUCACAUCGUCUGACCUUCAUUGCCGCAUUUGCCUGGUCGUCGUGGUGGGCACUCGUGAAUCGUGGUGGGCGCUGGUCGCCGUUGGUUGAUGGCGGUGCUCUGGUGGUGCCACGUUGUUGUCAUCUGGUUGGUGGUGGGCGCUUGUGGAUGGUGGUGGUGCCACAUUGGUGGUCGUUACCGUUCGUUGGUGGUGUGUCGUGGCCGUUGUUGGGUUGUGUGGUGUCGUUGUCGUUGUCGCCGUUGUCAAUGUGGUUGGUGGGAGGGAAUGGAGGUGGGGAAGAGGAUGGUCGGUGGGUGGAAAAGAAAGAGUGUUGCAUUUGUUUGGUAGCGUUGCCUUUGUUUGGUAACAAAAGUAAAAUAAACAAACAAUUGACCGGAUUCCGUUGCAUUCCGUUCCUGCCAUUCCUGCAGAACAUUCCGGUGUCAAUUCCAGAAUGCCCAAAUUCCGCUGGAAUGGUAAGGCACCGGAAUGAUGAAAAUAGCAGGCCUCCCUGCUAA